GUAAUGACGUGUGUUUAUUGGCGCGCACGGAGAAAAUUCAAAACUGCGCUGUUCACAGAAACCGUUGCUAGCGAUGUACGCUAGCAGCUAACGAUUGUCUUUAUCGCAGUGGGUUAUUUUCUCGGAGACAGUCUGUUUGAGUUCUGACAAUUCACGCGAUGUGGGACUUCAUUUUGCCAGUUUGUGUCAGUGAUUUGGUGAAGACUGGGGGCAUCAACCAGUACGUGGUCCAAGAUGUUCUUUCCCCCAAACAGCUGGCAACGCACCUCCACAGUUUCAGGGCUGCAUUGAGGAGUCAGGGCCCCCUGUGCAUCCUGGAGCACUUUGACACUGCCUACAGUGUUCUGAAACAUUUCCAGGCUGUUGACGUGGGUGUGAAAGAAGACACUUUGGAGUUACUUGUGCAAGUGGUGAAUGGAUUGUCAGUCUCUCUACCAUCCCUCCUCCUCUCCACCUCGACCUCAGCUGUGGACAGAAAGCAGCAGCUCAAUGCUGUUAAAAUGGCAGUCUUCCUGCUCUGCAAACUUUCUGAGCAUCUGGAGAGUGACUCCUACAGGCAGAGCAUCGUCACUGCGCCUAGCAAGGGCGGGAAGAAAGCCAGAGCUGCCAGUGAGGACCAGAUGCAGUGGGACUCGGAGAGGGCGCCCGUGCUGCAGGCUCUCACGCAGCUGCUGCAGCUGGACAUCCGGACCCUCUGGAGCCUGUCGCUGGUGGAGGAGGAGUUUGUCAGCUGUGUGACGUGCUGCUGCUACAAGCUGCUGGAGAACCCCGGCAUCAGCCUGGUGAAGAGCAAGCCCAGCCGCGACGCCAUCAUCCACCUGCUGGGGGUGAUGGUCAAGAAGUACAACCAUCUGCUGGGCGCCAGCGUGAAGGUGAUCCAGCUGCUGCAGCACUUUGAGCAGCUGUCCUCGGUGUGCGCGCAGGCUGUGGCCGUGUGGAGCACCGAGUACAACGUCAAGGCCAUCGUCGGGGAGGUCAUGAGAGAGAUUGGUCAGAAGUCCAGUGAGGAGCUGAGCAGGGAGGGCUCGGGCGUGAAGGCCUUCUCCUGCUUCCUGUCAGAGCUCAGCACGCUGGUGCCCGACACCAUGAUCCUCAACAUCAGCGUUCUGCUCACACACCUGGAGGGAGAGAGCUACAGCAUGCGCGUAGCCGUGUGCGAGGUCCUGGGGGAGGUGCUGGUCCGGGUCCUGAGCGGGGACGGGCUGAACGAGUCGGGCCGGGCCGACCGGGACCGCUUCCUGGACACCCUGCAGGAGCACCUGCACGACACCAACUCCCACGUGAGGGCCCGCGUGCUGCAGGUCUACACCCGCGUCGUCAACAGCAAGGCGCUGCCCCUGUGCAGGUACAGCGAGGUCAUGGGGCUGGCGGUGGGUCGGCUCCUGGACAAGUCCAUCAACGUGUGCCGGAACGCCAUCCAGCUCCUGGCAGCCUUCAUCGCCCACAACCCCUACAGCUGCAAGCUGAGCAGCGCCGAUCUGAGGAAGCCCUUGGAGAAGGAGACGGCCAAACUGAAGGAGCUGAGGGACCGGGGGAGGGAGAAGGCUCCAGUGGCCGUGAUCGAGGCCGGGGAGCUGUGGGCAGCCAUGGAGCCGGAGCUGCUGCAGACGGCCAGGGCGGAGCUGGAGCCCGCCAGCGAGGGGGAGCGAGGAGGGCAGGAAGAGGGAGCCGAGACGGAGGUGGAGAUGGAGGAGAGCGACCGGGCCACUGGCGUGCAAAUCGCGCAGUUCCUCAGGGUGAACAAGUACAGGCAGGCCGUGCGGCUGUGCCUCCGAGCUCACGACGUGUUCCCGGAGUCUCCGCUCUUCUCCUCUCUCUCCACCCCCUCCACGGAGUCCGUCAUGGACACGCUGGCUCGUAUUUUCAAAGGCCCGGAGCAGGACACCCCUCAGGAGGAGGAAGAGGAGCCCGCUGCCCCGCAGGAGGAGGAGGGGGGAGCGAAGGAUGAGGCGGAGGAGAGCGAGCUCAAGAAGCAGGAGAUGCUGGUUCAGUACCUGAGGGACACGGAGAGCUUUGCGCUGCAAGUGGAGAAGGCCAUCGCCGUCAUCAACAUGAUGCUGUACUGGAAGACCACCACUCUGGUGCAGGAAGCGGUUCAGUUCUGUGUGACGGUGUGCGAGUUCAGCGUGGCUAACGCUCUGUCGGGGGUGAGGAGGAUGCUGCCCUUGGUCUGGUCCACCGACGCUGCGGUGAAGGAGGCCGUGGUGCAGGCCUACCGCAGGCUCUACCUCAACCCACAGGGGGACACCACCAGGGCCAAGGCGCAGACCCUGGUGGACAGUCUCUCAGAGCUGAUUGUAGACGCAUCGCUGGGGACCAUCCAGUGUCUGGAGGAGAUAGUGCAGGAGUUCUUCAGCAGCGGCAGCAGCCUGCAGUCCAGCGUGGUGCAGGUGCUGUGGGAGCGCUUCAGCGGGAAGCAGGAGAGCUCCGCCCUGCACAGACGCGCCGCCGCCCUGCUGCUGGGCAUGGCCGCACGGGCGGAGCGGGAGGUAGUGCUCAGUAACCUGGACACUCUGUGCUCUGUGGCUCUUGGGGAGAAAGUGACUGAGGACUUCCUGCUGGCCAGAGACACCGUCAUCACCAUCUCCAGAAUCACUGAGCACAACAAGCCAAAUAAAGAUGCUGCUCCAUUCAGACUGCCUCAGGACCACCAGCUCUUCACCUGCCUCACCCAGGCCAUUGCCGAAGGUGUGGUGAUGAGCGACCCUCACUGGCAGAGCUUCAUGGAGCAGGCCGUUCGACUUAUUUACUUCCUGGCGGAGUCACCUGACCAGAUCUGCUCCCACCUCCUUCAGCGGUGCUCGCGUCUGCUAUUGGACCAGAUUGCCGAGGGCGGAGAAAGCGCCAAGGAGGGCGGCCUGUCGCAGGGCAGGUCUCAGGGCGGGUCUCAGGGUGAUGACGAGGAGGGCGGACAAGUGAGCUGCGUUUCCCUGGCCCAGCUGCUGGCCCUGUGUGGCUCUGUGGCCUUCUGGCAGGUGUCUCACCUGGAGCGCAGCGUCAGCGUGGAGCUGCGCAGGAGGAGGGGAGAGAGGGAGGAGAGGGAGGCCACCGGCCCCUCCGCCAAGGCCAAGCAGGCAUCCAAUGAGAGCUGCAUGGAGGAGGAGCUGGGAUUGGUGGGCGCCUCUGCAGAGGACACGGAGGCUGAGCUCAUCCGUAAGAUCUGUGAGACUGAAUUAUUAGCUGAGGAGAAUGUGCUGAGUGCCUUCCUGCCCCUGCUGGUGAGGGUGUGCAGCUCCCCUGGCCGGUACUCCCACCCCCAGCUCACCGCCUCGGCCUGCCUGGCCCUCGCUCAGUUCAUGAUGAUCAGCCCCUCGGUCUGUGAGGAGAACAUCCGGCUGCUCUUCACGGUGCUGGAGAGGGCCCCUCUGCCUGUGGUCCGAGCCAACACCAUCAUCGCCCUGGGAGACCUCACUGUGCGCUUUCCCAACAUCCUGGAGCCCUGGACCCAGAACCUCUACGCCAGGCUCAGUGACGAGAGCUCGCCGGUGAGGCAGACUGCGGUGACAGUGCUCACUCAGCUGGUGCUGAAGGACGUUCUGAAGGUCAAGGGGCAGGUGAGCGAGGUCGCCGUGCUGCUCAUCGAUCCCCAGCCGCACAUCGCCAGCCUGGCCCUCAACUUCUUCAACGAGCUCGCCAGCAAGGACAAUGCCAUCUACAACCUGCUCCCUGACAUCAUCAGUCGUCUGUCAGACCCGGAGCGAGGGAUGAAGGAGGAAGACUUUCACACCAUUAUGAAGCAACUCUUCUCCUACAUCACCAAAGAGAAGCAGACCGAGAGCCUGGUGGAGAAGCUCUGUCAGAGAUUUAGGACGGCAAAGACGGAGAGGCAGUGGUGCGACCUGGCCGUGUCCCUGUCCCUGCUCUCCAUGUGCGAGCGCGGGUUCAAGCGGCUGCAGGAAUGCUGGGAAUGUUACAGCGACAAGCUGGCGGAGCCGGGCGUGUACCAGCCCCUGCUGUCCAUCACAGCGCGGAUGCGCCGGGGGGCCAAGCCUCAGCUCAAGUCUCAGGUGGAGGACUUUGAGAAGAAGCUGACCGCGGUCCACACUAAAGGGCUGGAGAACAUCGAGAGCGGGGAGACUGCGGAGGGGAGGGAGGGAGGAGAGGAGGAGGCGGCGGAGAGCGCCUGUACCCCGCGGCCCGUGGGCAAACGCGCCCGCAAGCCCACGCAAGGUAAAGGGAGAAGCUCCACCUCCUGCCACGAAAGUGACUUUCAGACCCCUAAACCACGCCGCCAGCCCAGGAAAAAAACCAUCACCUUCAGCAGUGACGAGGAGGAGGAGGAGGAGGAUGACGCCGUGAUGACCGAGAACGAGACGCCCAAAGUGACCACGCCCAUCGCCCGCUCCUCUCGACGAACCCGCCUCCGACACUGAUCUUGUUCAUUCUCGUCUCCCCUCUCUUUCCCUGUAUCUCUGCUGUCUGUCUUUUUGCUGCUUUCUAUAGAUGUUUCUUUGUUUGUGUAUCUGUCUCUGCGUAUAGCCUUUCUCAGUUUAAUAUUUUCCAGUGUAUGUUAACGAUACCAGAAUUGUCACAACUUUACCUAAGCGGUUUUGAAUUAUGAAUGGGCAGAAUCUGGAUUUUUUUAAAAUAAAGAUUUGUAUAAACUGUUA